CAUCUCUCUCUAUUAUUCACUGUCACUUUGAACCACAUAUGCCCCCUUUCUCGAGCCCGGCCGUUCCUGUCCCUAGAGACCUCCGGACUUUGCCCGUCAGCCACCCUCAGAGUGCCGCAGAACUAGGAUUGCUGCUAACAUCCCCAAACCCUACCCCUUUAACAAGUGACAACGAGGAUAAGAAUAGUAUUUCCUCAGCAUAUCUACAAAGCCCUUCUGCAGGGAAUCCUAUUGAAAUUAAUAUUUUCAAUAAUAUAGAGAAGAACUCUAAUAGUUUCUUAUAUAGCUUAUACUAUUCAGGUAAUAAUAUCAACAACCCGAGUGUCCUCGAUACUAUAAUAAUAGUAGCCAGCCAUACAACAAAUAUUAUAAAUACUGUUUCGAACAGCCGCCAGCAAAAAGAGUGCGGUACCAGCAGUAAGCAAUAA